CAAAGUCUCCAAGAAAGUAAAGUAUAUUUGAAAAACAGAAUUUGUAGUUUAGUUCAUCUUUUUCUUUUCUGUAAUAAGAGACAACAACUUACCUAAAGUGUCAUCAUUCAAGUUGUUAUACUCUCUUUCUCCAGUAAUGCUUUAGGUUUGCUUCUUUUUUUGUUUGAAAUUUCUUUGUUGGUGAGCAACAAACCAUACAAUCUUGUGUUCUGCUUGGUAGGUUGUGCCGUUGAGGUCAUAAAAAUGGGCCCUAAACUCCACUUCAACAUCAUUUAAUGUCUUCCACUGCCCUCAUUUUCACGCUGUCUCGCAUUUUUGAUCCUUUUUUUUUUGGCUUUGAGGGUUCUUUCUUUUCUUCAAAUCAGAAGAUAGUGUUUUAUUUCUCAUUUAUAGGUGAAAUCUUGAGUCUUUUCCAUCUGGGUUUUUGAUUUUUGACCUGGGUUUUGAAGAUUAUUUUGUAAAGUUAUUAUCUGUAGUGUUUGUGAUUUUUGACCUGGGUUUUUGAGUUAACUAGCUUGGAGCUGGAAUUGGAUGGUUGAGAUAUUAUUUGUGUUGGAAUUCAAUUGCAUAGACACAUUUCUGAAAAGGGUUGGAUUUGAAGGUGUUUCUGGAUGUGGAAAAUGGUGGUGGUGUUGAUCAGAUGUAUGCAUUUGGUAUUUGUUUAUUUAUAGUGUCAAAUGAUUAAGAGAUUGGUGCUUUGAUUUUUGGAGGUGGGAUUCUGAUAAUUCAGGUGUUUGUUCAAUUCUUGAAGUGGAAGCUAUGGAAAGAGGGAUUCAACCUCCUCUGGUGGAUACAACAGCUUGUUUAUGUAGAGUUGAUGCCGGUCUCAAAACUGUUGCCAAUGCAAAAAAAUAUGUUCCAGGAUCUAAACUAUGUCUUCAACCCGAUAUUAAACCAUCAAUUCAUCCCACUAGGAGCAAGCCAUCACGCGGUGAUAGGAGUAGGAAUCAGUCUCCUCUGCUUCCAGGCCUUCCUGAUGAUCUAGCUAUUGCUUGUCUGAUCAGAGUUCCAAGGGUAGAGCACCGUAAGUUACGGCUAGUGUGCAAAAGGUGGUAUCGUCUUUUGGCUGGCAAUUUCUUUUACUCGCUACGGAAAAGCCUCGGAAUUGCAGAGGAAUGGAUAUAUGUCAUCAAGAGAGAUCGAGAUGGGAAAAUAUCUUGGCAUGCAUUUGAUCCGGUAUACCAACUUUGGCAGCCCCUUCCCCCUGUCCCGAAGGACUACUCUGAAGCCCUUGGUUUCGGGUGUGCUGUCCUUAGUGGCUGUCACCUCUACGUGUUUGGUGGUAAAGACCCGAUAAAAGGAUCAAUGAGAAGAGUGAUAUUUUAUAGUGCUAGGACAAAUAAGUGGCAUCGUGCUCCAGAUAUGCUUCGCCGACGACAUUUUUUUGGCUCAUGUGUUAUGAACAACUGUUUAUAUGUAGCAGGUGGAGAAAAUGAAGGAGGGCAUCGUUCGCUGAGAUCAGCUGAAGUUUACGAUCCUAACAAGAAUAGAUGGUCCUUUAUUUCGGAUAUGAGCACAGCAAUGGUGCCCUUCAUUGGGGUUGUGUAUGAGGGCAAAUGGUUCCUUAAGGGACUUGGAGCUCACCGGCAGGUACUAAGCGAAGUUUAUCAACCGGAAACUAAUAGUUGGGACCCGGUUUAUGAUGGCAUGGUUUCCGGCUGGAGGAACCCGAGUGCUUCCCUGAACGGACACCUCUAUGCUUUGGACUGUAAAGAUGGGUGCAAACUUAGGAUUUAUGAUGAUGUGUCUGAUUCUUGGAGCAAGCAUAUUGAUAGUAAGAUUCAUUUGGGGAAUUCUCAGGCAUUGGAGGCAGCUGCACUCGUUCCGCUAAAUGGAAAACUGUGCAUCAUCAGGAAUAAUAUGAGCAUUUCUUUGGUUGAUGUGUCAAAAUCGGAUGAUUUGAGGGGAGCUACUGCUGAACAUUUAUGGGCAACCAUAUCGGGUAAAGGGCAGUUUAAGACUUUGGUGAGCAACCUCUUGUUGAGCCUAGCAGGCAGGAACCGACUGAAAAGUCAUAUUGUUCACUGCCAGGUUCUUCAAGCAUAAGGAGCAUACAUCAUUUAUCGGACUCUGAUAUUCAUUGAAUGACGACAAAGAAACAUGACGGAAGAGGCACUCUUGAAUACUCUAGUCAGUUUUUUGAAGGAUCCUCGUACGAGGACGGAUGAGGAUGUCUGUUUUGGUAGAAUCUAGUAAAAUAUUAUGUAAUAUACAGAAUAGUUACAUUUAAAAUUGAAGAACAAAUUACCCAACUGACUUGGUCUUCUGCUGGUGACGACAUGGCUGUAACUGGUCUGAAUCAAACUCAGCAUGUAGCAGGUCAGUUGGUUAUUGAUCUUUCACCAUACAUCCAGCUUUGUGUUAUUAUGAUUUUGAAAUAUUGAAGCGCUACUAUAUGCCCAACAAA